AUGUUGAAUGAGAUGAAAAAUCUUAAACAAACGGUUUCAAGCCCUGAGAACACUGUGCUAGUGUUGCAAGAAGAAAAUAGAGGCCACAAAAUCACUAUUUCAAACCUCGAGAACGAAAACAGAAACCUCAAGAACCGUCUUUCCAACCUAGAAGAUGAAAUACAAGAAAGCAAUGAACUGAACGAGGUUGAUAUUGACUAUUUAGAAGAUAAAACAACAGCGUUACAUGCCGUUGCUGUCAAGUUAAUGAUUAGUUCCUUUGAAGGUGAUAGCCGCUUCCUCCAAUAUGCAAACCUUGUUCAAGAUAUUCUGCAACCAGACAAUGAUACAAAGAUUGGAUAA